UCUCUUUGUUUUCGUAACUUAUGAUUGAACAAUAUCAGCCGACGACUGACCUAUCAAACGAAAAUGGCUGCUGUUUUUAACCUUCGUCCCAAAAUUCUGGGAAGUGCAAGGUUAUUAGUUCAAAAUAAAGGAAUUUUGCAGCUUUUCAAUCCUCAUCGUUGUGCUUCUGAGAAAUGGUACCCAGAUGUGGAGUUCAUGAAGGAGCAGGAAGGGAUCUUCCUCACAAAUGAUGAAGAAUUGAAAAAAUGGAAAGUAAAAAGUUGGGCCAACAAAUUUCCCUAUCCAGAGAAGACGGUGAAGAACUUGGCUCUCAACUUUGGACCACAGCACCCGGCAGCCCAUGGAGUGUUGCGACUAGUUCUAGAGCUGGAUGGAGAGAAUGUUCUGAGGGCUGACCCACACAUCGGACUGUUGCAUCGUGGAACAGAGAAACUGAUAGAGUACAAGACGUACACACAAGCGCUCCCGUACUUUGACCGUCUGGACUACGUCUCCAUGAUGUGUAAUGAGCAGUGUUACUCUCUAGCCGUUGAGAAACUCCUGAACAUCGAUAUUCCCCUCCGUGCAAAAUAUAUCCGCACUCUGUUUGCGGAACUAACUAGGAUAUUGAACCACAUUAUGGCCGUUGGCACUCAUGCUCUUGACAUUGGAGCUAUGACACCUUUCUUCUGGCUAUUCGAGGAACGAGAGAAGAUUAUGGAGUUCUAUGAACGAGUAUCAGGAGCGCGGAUGCACGCUGCUUACGUUCGACCUGGAGGAGUCAGCCUGGACCUCCCUCUGGGAUUGCUGGAGGACAUUUAUCACUUUUCCUCUAAGUUUGGAGAACGGCUGGACGAGACAGAGGAUCUGCUAACAUCCAACAGGCUGUGGAUCCAGCGGACACAGGACAUCGGUGUGGUCAGUGCCGAGGAUGCCCUCAACCUAGGCUUCAGUGGAGUAAUGUUGCGAGGUUCCGGCAUCAAGUGGGAUUUACGUAAGUCCCAACCAUACGAUGCCUACGAUUUGGUGGAGUUCGAUGUGCCCGUUGGUUCCAAGGGAGAUUGCUACGACAGGUACCUGUGCAGAGUUGAGGAGAUGAGACAGUCGCUGAGGAUCAUUGAACAAUGUAUCAACAAAAUGCCACCAGGAGAAGUCAGGACGGAUGACAUGAAGGUGUGCAACCCAUCAAGAGCUGAGAUGAAGACAUCAAUGGAAGCUCUGAUUCAUCACUUCAAACUGUUCACACAAGGCUACCCAGUGCCUCCUGGUGCCACCUACACAGCUGUUGAGGCACCCAAGGGAGAGUUCGGAGUGUAUCUGGUGUCUGAUGGCAGCUCCAGGCCGUACCGGUGCAAAAUCAAGGCCCCAGGAUUCGCUCACCUCGCGGCCUUGGAGAAGGUGGGAAAGGGUCACAUGCUGGCAGAUAUCGUAGCCAUCAUCGGUACAUUGGAUGUUGUAUUUGGUGAGAUUGACCGUUAGAUGUCAUAUAUGACUCCACUCAUGAAAUAAAGUUAUCUGUUUAGUAAGUAAUGUUUAUUGUAUAUUCCUUUUGUAAAUAUUUAAAGCCACCUUGGAUUUUUCUUUGUAAAUACUAAUUUUACCUAUUCUACAUAAAAUGUGUAUCAGGUUAUUUAAUUAAACAGUAUACUCCAAAACUAUA